UUCAUCCCUUUGCUUUAUCUCACCCCAGUGCAGUGUUGUCUGUGUAGGUGACUUCCAUCACCUCCUGCAUGGAAGCAAUUGAGACCUGGAGUUUCCUGAGCUCAGAUUCAUGUGCUGGUAUUGAUAUCCCUGCUCAGAAUGUGGAGUGAGGAGUUUUGCUCACUGUAACACAGCAUGAGGGUGUUGCAGCCAUGUCAUUCAGUGCUCUCAGGGGGCACAGUGCCCUUCUCAGUGCUAAGUAAGGCUUGUAGCGCUGCCGGCUGUGAGUUUGGAAUGAUUAAAGCAACCAACACUCGUGGUGCUGUGUGUCCCCAGGCUUUUGGUGCUAUCACAGCAUGGAGGAGCAGCUCCCCCCGCUGCAUGGGGCCGGGCCCGUCCCCUCCCACCGCAGCCCCGUGCGUGGAGCCAAGUUCAAACCGCCAGCCCUGGAGGAGCAGGACGAGACGUGGGGCCAAACCUGGGGGCCCCCCAACGCCCGCGGGGCUCCAUGCUUCUCCCCAGGGCCCUCUCCUGUGCCGUGCUGCUGCUGCUCCUCGCUGCUGUGCUGGGCAGGGGCUGGAGGUGCAGCAUUGCCAGGAUCCUGAGGCAAUACCGAGCUGUCAUCUUCCAUGAGAUCCAGAACCUGAAAAACCUGAGCGGGUCGGCAGAGAGGAGCAGUCGGGCCGGGCCAGUGUGUCGAUCUGACAAGGAUCAGAGGAUCCUUCAAUCCAUCUACAACAUCAGCAUGUCGCUGCGGGACAUGGCAGGGGGUGCUUUGCGGGGCCCCGAGGAGGCAGCAGUAUGGAAGGUGGUCCGGGACACUGAGUUUGUGCUCAGGGAGAACUGCAGGCGGAUCGGCAAGAGCCCCCUGCGCCCCCCACUGCAGCCACAUCGCAGGAGGCAGCAGCUGAAGGAGAUCUCACGCAAGGCACGGAGGCUGGCCACGUGCUGGGAGAAGCUCAACGUGCUUCAUGCAGCCCCUCGGGACUCAUAGGGGGCUGCCCCGAACACCUCGUCCUGCAUUUGGGUUCAUGGCUGCUGGCAUCCUGCAUCGAACCCUGAAGUGAACUGAAUUCCACAGCUGAUAUGGGCAGGUGCCCAGGUUGAGUUCAUCCUCCUGGUUCAUAUGAUACACAGGGACAACAUGAGGGACACAACCCGAAACCUGGGGAAGAAGAAGGGGUGUAGUGCAGAAAACUGAGAUGCAGUGAUUUCUGUGCUGCUCCUUGCCCUGCAUCCCCCCCCCUGCUGCCCUAUGGGGACACCAGCUGCUUUCCUGAGUGAGGACAAUGCGACCCACUGGGCUGAGGGUUCUGCUGGCACUGAGUGCUGUGUAUCCAUCUGUGGGCAGAGGGAUGUUGUGCAUCCCCAGUGCGUGUGGCUCUGGGGCUGGGAGAGCUGCCCUGCGCCCCUAUGAUGAGGACCUUGGGGAGCAAUGGGGGAACAGAGGGGCCAGUAUGAGCAUGGCUGGGAAGGACCCUUAUGGGUUAGUGCAGCCCUAAGGGCUGUGCCCCCUCCUUUGGUUGGGAGACCAGAAAUAAACCCUCUCCUGGCUCUGCAGCCCCGAGCUUUGUGUGGGGUGGGGGCUCACUGCUCUGAUGUUUCAGCUUCUCCAACGCUUCUCCCCUUCCCCAGCAGCUCAGUCCCUGCGGAGAACGGGACGCGAGGUGGCAGCAGCGGGCUGUGAGCGGGCACGGCCCCCAUGUGCGGCUGUGCUGGAGCGGGGGAU